AUGGGGUUCUGGAAAUUUGGUAGAAAGAAAAAGAAUGGAACUCAAAAUUCAACAUCCCUUCCUCCAAUCAACGGAAACGGGCAGCGUAACGGGAGAAGACAUUCUACUGGAACUCAAUCAUACCGCUCGGAACCGAAUUAUGGAGAUAAUUAUCGACGAUCGACCGUGAAUUAUCAGUCUCAACUACCUCCAUUGUAUGCGAACUAUCCCAAUUCAGCUCAGAACAAUGGUGUAUAUAUGUCUUAUGAUAAUGAUUAUAUGGAGUAUCAAUCAAAUGGAUUGCAGAAAAAGGAUAGCUUUAUGGAUCCACAAUUACAGAGAAAUGAUAGCUUUAUGGAUCUACAAUUGCAAAGAAAUGAUAGCUUUAUGGGAUAUGGGUUGCAGAGAAAUGAUAGCUUUAUGGGUCCACCAUUGCAGAGAAAUGAUAGCUUUAUGGGGUAUGGAUUGCAAAGAGAUAAUAGCUUUAUGGGUUCAUCAAAUCGGCUUACAAGAGGUUCGAGUUCUAACGGUUUUGGACUUCAACCUUGUGGUAGUUUUGGUGUUGAUACUUUGAAUCGAUAUGAUGAAUCUGACGAUUUUGGAGGCAGAUAUGUAGAGCAGAGUCAGAGGAGGUGGACUCAAGGCCCUCCCCCUCCUCCUCCUCCUGUGGAUGGACGAAAUAGACAGGGUGUCGCUUCGCUAGUUCGCAAGCAAAGCGUCCUUCAUAGGAGUGAUCUGGAUCGGGGAGGUGGUGAAACUAUUGGUCGCCCGGGUGGUAGACUUGUAUUCAAGGGAAUUGAAGAGUGGUAG